AUGCCACCUCGUUUUUUCUCUGCUUUUCUUUUUGGAGGUGCGAUGAAUUUGUUUAUAGGUGGCUCUGUGCAUGCUGCGGGGGCGUACACGAGCCCGUAUCCGCAGAAUGCUCGUAACUCUGUUGUCUAUCUUGACACAGCUGUUCAAGAGGGCUACACAUGGUUUGGAUCGGCGUCCAUGAAACCGAUAGGAAGAGUGGAAGUGGAGCUAUUUGACGAUACAGUUCCCAUUACAGCACGUAACUUUCGUGAGCUUUGUCGUGGGUACCAAAACAAAACGCCUGAGGGAAAACCUUUGCACUACAAGGGCUCUGUUUUCCAUCGCAUUAUUCCCGGCUUUAUGAUUCAAGGUGGGGAUAUCACAAAAGGCAACGGGACGGGCGGCUGCUCCAUCUAUGGCGUCCGCUUCAAAGACGAGUCCUUUGACUCAAAGGCCGGUGCACAUAAAGGGCCAGGGAUACUCUCCAUGGCAAAUGCCGGGCGUAACACAAACGGGUCACAGUUUUUUAUCUGCACCGUAUCCUGUCCGUGGUUGGACGGCAAACACGUUGUCUUUGGACAGGUGCUAAGGGGGUUUGACCACGUCAAGGCUAUUGAAGAGGUUGGGACACCACACGGCAAGCCAAGCAAGACGGUUUUGGUUUCUGACUGUGGUGUUCUAAAGGAGGCAUCUUAG